UAGAGUAAAGCCAACCAUGUUACCAAAACAUGAAACUGGAGGAUUACUACAUGACUGAUUUUACUACUGCUGCCUUCGGAAACAAUGAGUAAGCACUUCAAAUUAUGUCAUAAGACUUCUUUUCCAAAUGGCAAUCUGUUCUGCCAUCUCAUUGACAAAAUUAUUAAGAGACCCUCCUUGCAAUUUUUGGGUCAGUGGGGAUACCACUGUUACGAACCGAGGAUUUACAGAACAUUGGCAAAGAUCCUGAGGUAUGUCGACUUGGAUGGGUUUGACCUGCUUCUCACAGAUUAUAUUGCAUUUGUGGAAAAAUCAGGCUACCGUUUUGAACUAAGCUUUCAUCUUGAAUUUACUGAAAUAUGUGUGAAUACGAUUUUGUACUGGGUUUUUGCCCGAAAAGGUAACCCUGAUUUUGUGGAACUGCUUCUCAAGAAGACAAAGGACUAUCUUCAUGACAGAAGUUGUCACCUGGCACUGAUUUGGAGAACCUUCACACCAGUUUACUGCCCAAGCCCACUAAGUGGAAUUACACCUCUACUUUACGUAGCUCAGACCAGACAGGCUAGUAUCUUAAAAAUACUCCUGCAAUAUGGAAUCUUAGAAAGAGAGAAGGACCCUCUCAACAUCGUCUUAACAAUAUUACUCUACCCUUCCCGGGUGAGAAUAAUGGUUGAUCACGAAUUGAUUGACAUUGAGGAAGAUGCCAAAACAUGCUUAGUGCUAUGUUCCAGAGUCCUUUCUGACAUUUCAAUCAAGGAAAUAAAGAUGCAGUUGAGUUUGGGGAGGCGUCCAAUUAUCUCAGAUUGGAUGGAAUACAUUCCCCCCACAAGAUACAGGGAUCCGUGCGAACUCUCCCAUCUCUGCAGAAUAACCAUCAGGACUCAACUACUAAUCAACAAUAUGCUCCCAGAAGGAAUAUUUUCACCUGAAAUUCCUGUUGGUCUACAGAAAUACCUGAACUUAGAGAGUUAAUAUGUAUUUUUAUCCUAAGUUCUUCAAGGAUGAU